AUGAAUGAUAGUCGAGACGACCAUAGACCACAGAAAAGGCGGAGAGUGGCAGAGGUGCACAGCGGGGUAGCUGUCCCAACGCCCCAGCAGAUAGUGCUGGAAGAACUAGAUGUCGAACUCGGCCUGAGAGAGCGCUUGUACGAGACAGUGAACUCGAGGCUGACCUGGGCACUGCUACUGCAGGAAGCUCUUGAGAAGGAGUAUCCUGUAGUAGCUCGAAAUGCGGACUCCUCCGAGUUCCGAGCUGCCGCUCUGGAUGCACUCAAAGCGGCAGAGGAACCGAGCAAGCCUCUGUUUGACAGAGAGUUGUUUCCCAUCGACGGACGUCCUCCUCGUCCUCCGGCUACAUCUUCUAUUGAUGCUCCUCCACCGCAAUACCCAUCUCGCAGCAAUGCCUCCCGGGCCCGGGGACUCCCUCGAGCUCCGCCACACCCUGCGAAGAAGCUUCUCUUCCUGCGCAACACCAAUACCGAUCCGCCUGAGAUAGCGAAACUCGCAUGUCUGGACUGCGGACGGUCCGACUUCUCCAACCUCCAGGGUCUCCUGAAUCACUGUCGCCUCCGGCACGGCCGUGAAUUCGGUAGCCACGAUGAAUGCGUGCAAAGCUGCGCUGUCAUCGUCCCGGAGAAAGAGCGCGACUGGGUAGUUGCGAAUGGGAUGGAGCUCGCGGGAAUCAGUUUACCCAGCUUGAGGCGGUUGUUCGAGAUCGCGGUGGGUGCUGGCGACAAAGUCAGGAUUCCAGGUCCCCGGAAGGAACCUGAACAACCGAGUGUGGCGGAGGACAAAACAGACACGGAGAAAACAGUGCAGAUGCGCGAGACAAUUACAGAAGUUACUAAAACACUGGGUUUCCACAAAGACACCCCUGCGCUUGCGCCAUUCCUGGGAAGGGAGCCCAAGAAACGCCUCAUUAACGUGUACGAAGACCCCGACGAAGUGCUGGAUAUCUUGGACGAGAGUGGAGUGCCUGCCAAUAGCCUGGUGGCAAGGAAAGGCUGGCGAAAACCUUACAGCCAUCGUAACAUCGCGCGUGCGGAAUUGGACGAGAUCCCUCCAGAACAACCUGCAGAGCCUCCGGAUGAUCAUGACGAGCGAUCUCAGGACCAAACACCAGUCGCAAAUGGUACGUCUGCGAUGGGUAUCGCAUCUAGUCGAUUCCACAUCGUCGCCCGUGUCAAAGUCGCCGAUUCGAGCCUCUGGAUACCCCCAGAGCGCCGUCGCGAUGAUAGACCGGAGCACACACAUCGUUGGCGCCUCGUAGUGUCAAGCCCGUCCUACAGUCUGCACAUCACCACAUUCCUCGAGAAAUUGACCGUCACCUGCUUAUCUGACCCACCGCCCUCCACACUCAUCAACCCCAUUGUGGUUAGCGAACCACCCUUUGCUAUAACCUCCACGACAGAUAGACCCUUCCUCGCGCGGUUCACUCUCACAUGGACGGGCAGUGUGAAUGCGCCCAUGGACGUCGAGCACUGGGUCGACGUCGACCCCAUGCACUUGGGUCAUCCCGUGCUCGGUGACGAACAGGUUUUUGACGUCGAGCUUGACCGGAACACGCAGCUUAUGCCCGUCAGGCAGGACGUUAGGAAACUGACUUGGAAAGAUGAGGAUGUGGGGGACACCACCGAUCGCGGCAAAUUCGAGGGGGGCAGAAAGAUUGACGAGAACGCUGACAGUGAUGAACAGGGGUACGGCGCCGUCCUGCGAACACUGCUGCAAGAGGUGCCUAUUACUGUCCGAGACGCACGCUCUCGCAAACAAUGGGCGCCCACAUCCGCGCUCGUGCCUACAAUAGCUCAGUAUCGAAAUCUUACACCCGGGCGGCGCAAAGCCAUCGAACUGAGCCGUGCUCGUGCGCUCCUCGCCGCGUAUCGAGAGCACGCAGGCUCGACAGACCAUCCGGAAUCGGAAAACCCCCUCACGGUCGCAGAUGUGUACCACUGGAUGGAGGACGAGGGGCUCUUCCCUCGCGUCGCGAUCGCGAGCGAUAUUAUGUAUUUGAAGGACGACAGCCGGCCUGAGAAGACGACCAACCCACAUCAGGUUCCGGAAGCAUACUGCCGAUUCUGUGGGCUCCACCAGGCCUUCCAUCCUCUCGGUGUUAAGACGGAAGACGACGCCACCAAAGAUGUGAAGAGCCCAUACACAACGGGUGUCUGCAUCGAGUUUAAUGCGCCCCCCAGCGAUCUGCUACUGCUGGACGUAGAGAAGUUGUUGCAGUCGACUUCCGGUGGCGCGCUCGGAGUGCCGUACGGUCUGUCUGCAAAGUUGUGGACCAACCUGGACAAGGAUGCAACACCGGAGAGAAACCCGUCCUCGGCGGAUCUCGUCGCCGUCGCUCAUCCAGGGCUUCUCACAUCCAUUCGCGAGUUGGCAGCGCAAUGGCAUCUGCCCCGGUUACAGGUAUCGAUUCGGCCCUCGCUCACAGCUGAGGAUGGCCUAGUGUCGCUUGCCCCGAUGGACCGCCCCCACCAAGAGCUGCUAGACGAGUUGGCGCCGUACGCCGUGCUCUCCGUGGUGGCGGGCUGCAUGGUGCGUCUGCUCGUUCGCGGUGGUUUGGACGCGCUCCGGCGCGACGACUCGGCCCAGCAAAAUCUCGCACGACAAGACCGCACAAGAAAGAAAGGCGGAAAGGCCGAGAGGGGCGGCGCGAGAUAUUUGCUUACGCCUUCCCACAUUGCGCGCGGACUUACAGAUCUUGCGGGCCGUGGGCUGACGGAGAGUGCCGCGCUAGUGUGUCUCGCGAGGCUUGGAACGGCGACUAAGGAGAGGAGGGGGAUGGUGGUUACCGGCAGCGGCGUUGCUGUGAAACCCCCGGACGAGGCCGCGGUGCGAAUCAAGGAAGAGACUGAGGAUAUGUAGGAGUAUUCUGAAGUCAGUGGCAUUGUGUGUGUGUUGAGCCAGAAUACAGUCAGGCAGGUGCAUCUCGAGGCACAGAACGCGCCCACGUGAGCGAUCAUUCACAUAAUUGAGGUGCCACUUGGGUGCCACCGAUCUAGGCCAAGAUUGGCGAGGCCGAUGGUGAUCGUGGCCAACCUGGCUCAGGCUGGCUGCCGCUGGCAGCGCUGGCUGCAUGUGUCUCGUCCCAAAGCGGGAAGCAGGAACGCGCUCCGGGAGACGGGGGCCCCGGCUGGCAUUGGCUCGUUGAUUCAAACCGCCGUGCUUCUUCGACAGAACUUCGGUCUCAGUCUUU